AUGAAGCUGAUAAGACCUAGUCUCCUCACGCCGUCAGCCUUUACCCCGCGAGAUAUCCAUCAGUCUACUCUGGCGAUUAUCAAUGAAUCCCCUCCACAGACAGCCCCCGACGCCCCACAGAAACGAGCCCCGAUCGUCGUGAGCCAGAAGACGAACCAUGUUGUAUACCGAGAACGUGGCCAAAAGAGACACUACGAACUGCCAACAGUACAUCAACAUGCGGGAGACUUGUUCGGGAACACAUCCAUGGAUAUGGUCCCAGUGUGCAACAGGGACAAGAAAAUGUGGCAACGUUUACGAAUGAUCCGACGUAAUGGCACUGCACCACAGUCUGCAUGUUGA